GUGGCCGGAGGCAGCCAGGAUGACAGCUCUCCCCAGGACCCGAGCCACCCACUGAAAAACAUGAUCGGCAAGUCCCCUCCUCUGUGCAUGUGUCCUGCAGGCUGGAAGCUCCUGGCCAUGCUGGUGCUGGUCCUGAUCGUCAUGGUGUGGUACUCCAUCUCCCGAGAAGACAGGUACAUUGAACUCUUUUACUUUCCCAUCCCAGAGAAGAGGGAGCCUUGCCUCCAGGGCGAGGCCGAGAGGAAGGCUUCUCAGAUCUUUGGCAACUACACCCGAAAUCAGCCCAUUUUCCUCCAGCUGAAGGACUUUUUCUGGGUCAAGACACCUUCUGCCUAUGAGCUGCCCUAUGGGAUCAAGGGGAGCGAAGACCUGCUCCUCCGCGUCUUAGCCAUCACCAGUCACACCAUGCCCGAGAGCAUCCAGAGCCUGAAGUGCCGCCGCUGUGUGGUGGUGGGGAAUGGGCACCGGCUACGGAACAGCUCACUGGGAGAAGCCAUUAACAAGUAUGACGUGGUCAUCAGAUUGAACAACGCCCCAGUGGCUGGCUACGAGGGCGACGUGGGCUCUAAGACCACCAUGCGCCUCUUCUACCCUGAAUCCGCCCAUUUCGACCCCAAAGUGGAGAAUAACCCAGACACGCUCCUGGUCCUGGUGGCCUUUAAGGCAAUGGACUUCCACUGGAUCGAGACCAUCCUGAGUGACAAGAAGCGGGUGAGAAAGGGUUUCUGGAAACAGCCUCCCCUCAUCUGGGAUGUGAACCCCAAACAGAUUCGGAUUCUCAACCCCUUCUACAUGGAGAUAGCAGCGGACAGGCUGCUGAGCCUGUCCUUACAGCAGUCACGGAAGAGCAAACAGAAGCCCACCACAGGCCUAUUGGCCAUCACCUUGGCCCUGCACUUCUGUGACGUGGUGCACAUUGCUGGCUUUGGCUACCCAGAUGCUUACAAGAAGAAGCAGACCAUUCACUACUAUGAGCAAAUCACGCUCAAAUCCAUGGCGGGGUCAGGCCACAAUGUCUCCCAGGAGGCUCUGGCCAUCAAGCGGAUGCUGGAAACUGGAGUUGUCAAGAACCUUACUUAUUUCUAACUCAGGCAGGAGACGUGCAUGUACGUCAGUCUGCCCACUCUGCUGGGAGACACCCCUCCUCCCAUCCAAGGGGUGCCCGGUGCCAGCACGAGCCACUGGACUUAACCUCUCCCUGCCGUGGGAGCAGUUGCUGAACCGGCCAGGGCAAGAGGUGGUCAUGCCCCAGGCCGCACUUUUGGAGCCCAGCUGUGGUCAUGGCAGAGGCCAGGGGGCUGCAGGAGCUGACCCUGGAUGGGGCUGGUUGCCGUGGUCUCCCCCUCUACCAGCGCCAAGAGAUUAUUUAAUGGGCUAUUUAAUUAAGGGGUAGAAGGUGCUGUGGGCUGGUCCCAUGACAUCCAGAAAGGGAGCAUGGUACAGUAUUGUGCUCACUUUUUAUCAAAACACAGGUGAUAGACCCACAAGGCCUUAGACUCCAAGCAGGCCUCCCAGCAGGGUGGGGCAACCUGGAGGGGUGGGGGCCCUCCAGAGGGGCUGUGACCUCCCAGCAGGCAUGGGAAGAACAUCAGUGGAGGGCUCUAUGGAGAGGGGACAGAACUAGAAACAAGGUUUCAAUGCGCCAUUAAACUAUUUUUCCUAAAACAA